AUGCUGCGAGCGCUCUCCGACAGACUGUACGACAGCUGCGUCAAGCGGGACACACUCGCCUGCCUCGGCCUGAAGGCGUUCUACGCGACGGCGCGCUUCGCGGAGGCGCCCGAGGCGCUGGCGCAGGUGAGCGCGCGGCGUGCGCGCGUGCGCGAGGCCACCGCCGACCGCGUGCUGGUGGGCAGCGCCGCCGCGCUGCUGUCCACGUCGCUGCGCCAGGCGCGCGACACCCUCGCCCACGACGCCCGACGCCCCGCGCCGCACGCCCCCGCGCACGACGACGGCGGAGACGGCGGAGGCGGCGACGCCGAGUCCAGGGAGGCCGCCCCCACCGCCGCCCCCGCCGAGGACGACGAAGUGGACGAGGACGACGUCGGCACCGACCGCAGGAGAACCGGCCUCGUGAUGACGCGUAAGAUGCUGUUCCCGCUGCUGAUCGGCGUGGUGCUGAAGUUGGCCAGCUUGAUCCCGAUCGUGCUGGGCAAGCUAACGCUGCUGGGCACCAUGUCGCUCAUGUCGAGCAAGAUGUCGCUGCUCAUCCUGGGGCUGAUGAGCCUUCGCCGCUUCCUGGGAGGCGGCGGCGGCGCCGAAGCCUCUGGGGGCGGCGCACACAUGGUGCCAGAGCCCACCUACUACUCGCAG